ACGUAGUCAGCAACAUGUGUCCCUUUUUUUUUUCUAGAAUUAGAAAAUGGAAAUACCUUUAAUUGUGUUCGUUCAGUGAUUGUGUUAUAUACAGCCAAUAGUUUGUGACAUCACUUGAAUGAGGUUCGAUGUAGAAUCAUAUGCACAAAAGGUUCCAAACAGAACCCAUAAUCUCAUCAUAAGCUCAAACCAUCAAAAGAACCCUUGUUUGUAACCUGGGCAUGAUGAUUCAUGAUCUCCACCUAGAAAGGACACAUUUAAUUCAGAUUGUGGAAAGUGGUUUUAUCUUUUUGUGGCUAAAAGGUACACUGGCUACUUUAAUAGGCAUAUCGACACCCCCUGUUUAUUCAACCAUGUGGCAGCACAAUGCAUAAAAGCAUGCAGACAGGUAUUUAAAAAAAAAAAGCUUCUGUUACCGUUCACAAACUGCUGAUUUGGGAUUUCCACACAAACGUCUCUAGAGUUAUACAGAAUGGUGAAAAAAAAAAAACUUACAAAACACUUGGUAACAGCAGAACUGACAAGGGUAACGAUUUGUCUCUCUCUCUCUGUCAAGCUAUACAGUAUAUGCCACUCCCAAGCUCUCUGUGUUCCGAGUUCCUAGCCUGAUCAUGGAUGGAGCCUCCCAGAGACUGUCAUGCCUUCUUUGAUCCAAUGUUGCCAGUCAGCUGGUUGGUCUGGUCUUUAUCAGCAAUAAGGAGAAGUGGAUUAGAGCUACUCAGAAGUCAGAUGGCACACACAGGCUGGUGAAUCAUCGAGGCUCAGCACAAAAGCCACUUCAACGUCACACAGAGACGGGGGAGGUCAUCAUGACAACAUGCCUAGGGCGAGAAGGAGCAGGGAUUUAGUGACACCUUCGGCUCGUUGGAGACACAUUGUGGUCAUUGUGAACUUUUCAUGGCAUCCAUGGACAGCAUCACAUACUGAGGGACAGAGAUGAGAGAAAUGAUGGCUUACCUUGAAAAGAAAACUGGAGAACAACAGCAACCUGAGACAAAGGGAGAAAACACCAUGGGAAAGAUUUCUUUUAAGGAGGAGAUGGAGUCAGGUCACUUUGAAGCAGAUACAAAUAGUGAGGAUCUCCCGAACAUCAGUACCCCCAGCGUGAUCAAUGUGAGCCCCUUCAGCAGUUCAGCGUGUGGCCGGGACACUUCCAGACAUCUGCAGUAUUUCGACUCCAACACCCAAGACCCACAUGUGCCCAUUGGCUGGCCUGCUGAGGCAUCAAAUUCACUCCCCAUCUACAAACAACACAUCAUAAAGACGUCUUAUAAUUCACACACGACAUCCAUUAUUAAAGUGCGGCCCUUCAUCCAAGAUGAAAACCUAUCAGACUCUCGGUCUGUGUGCUGGCCAGUCGUACCGCGCAAGCGGCUGAUGCUACUGAUGAUCAUUUGUUUGUUAAUCGGAGUGACUCUGGUUCUAGGAAUUGGUCUGGGAGUGGGUUUGAGUUGCUCUGGAAAAUUCCGCUGUGUUUCUAUGACAUGUAUCAGUCGAUCUGCUGUCUGUGACGGAGUUAAAGACUGUAGGGGGGGAGAAGAUGAACUCAACUGUGUGCGAGUGAGUGGGAGACACGCCAUCCUGCAGAUUCACAGUAGGGGCAUAUGGAGCUCCGUGUGCUGGGAGAACUGGAGCGCCAAUCUGGGAUUCUCUGCCUGCAAACAGCUCGGAUACAACAGUUAUGUGAAUUCCACUUCGAUCCCUCUCUCUUCUGUCGAAUCAGCCUUCAAGAAAAACAUAGUGAUGAUUAGUUCCCGCUUUCCGAUUCAUUAUCAAACCUUCAAAAUCCACAACAGCUCUUUCCUCAGGAAGGUUCAGUGCGUUUCCGGAUUGGUCACAGUACUCAAGUGUAUAGAGUGUGGUGCAAGACCCAAUUUCAGGACCCGGAUUGUAGGGGGAAACGUAUCUCUCUCUGGUCAGUACCCAUGGCAGGUGAGCUUGCAGUACCAGAACCAGUAUCUCUGUGGAGGAUCGCUAAUAACCAACCAGUGGAUAGUCACUGCUGCACACUGUGUGUAUGGCUUUGCUAAUCCCUCUUUAUGGACGGUUCGGGUGGGCCUCACAGACCAGCCUAUAAGUGGAGCAGCAGACCUCUCUGUGAAGAAGAUCUUCUUCCAUAGCACAUAUCAUCCUGAAGGCCUUAGCUAUGAUAUCGCACUCAUUAAACUGAUGCAGCCACUCACAUUCAGUGGUGAGAAGAAUUCACUUCUCAUUUUACAUCCUGAUUAGAUUCCUAAUCUUGAAUACUGUACACUUAAAGUUCAGGAUGCUUUCAGUUAUUAACAUAGCAAGCAGAAAUUUAUUCAACAGGGUAUUCUGUAUGAUCGAUUUGUAUCCGUUGUUUAAUAUUUCACCUGGUAGAAGGAGUCGAUACUUUCCUAGGUGGAACCUGAUCAAAACUCCGGAUGGUGAGGUGUUGGAGUCAGGUGCAGUACUUGAUGGGAAAUGUUUACUUCUCUCCUCUCAGGUCAAGUACAACCCAUCUGUCUGCCUAACUAUGAUGAAGGGUUCAGUUCAGGAUCCAUGUGCUGGAUAUCAGGAUGGGGAGCCACAAAUACA